UCUGAUGAUACACAGAGGAGAGAGAACAACAAAACACAAAACAAAACAAAGAACCUGAUGCCCCCUUUUUGAUGUGUUAGUGGGUGGUGCUGUUUUUUCCUCUCUUCUCCCUCUCCUCUUCUCUAUUUCCCCUCUCCCCAACACCCUCCUCCUAUCCACUUCCCCCUCAUUUCUUCCCCAGAUGCGUAGGUUAAUGGAUGAAAAUUCUGGUGGGGUUGCUUGAUCUUUUUGUUUCUGGGUUGGUUUUUGGUGACUGCUGAAGAUUUUGAGUGAAACAAGGAAGAAGAAGGUAAAGAGAGAGAGAAAAAAAAAGACUGUACUUUUUUCUUUUAUAUAUAUGCUGAAGUCUAAGUUAAAGAUAAGGCCUAGUAGUGGAGAUAGUAGUAGUAGUAGCAGCAGCAGACGAGCUUGUGACUGUUUCAAGAACAGCACAACAUCAUCACCGAAGCUUUUCAUCAGAUGUUAUCCAUUGAAAACCCUCCACCAGAUCCCCCACUUCAGCAGCUGAAAGCCAACGUUAAUGAUGAUGAGAGGCCUUCUCAACAUCACCUUCCUUUGCCAGAGGAGGAUCUAUCAAGCGCCGCUGUUCUUGACCAUUCCACAUUCCCAAACUUCUCCUUGAGAGAUUAUGUCUUCAGCACACGGAGCAAGGAUAUCCGAAACAACUGGCCAUUUUCCCUCAAGAAUUUGCAGCUUUGCUUGAAACAUGGUGUAAAGGAUUUGUUACCACCGUUUCAGUCCGUGGAUUGUGUGAGAAACCAUCGGCUUGCGGGGUGUGGAGGUGAAAGUUCGACCCGAGAGUUCGAAAAUGUUUUUCGGGAUUUUUCUGAGGCGAAAGAACAUGUAGAACUAGACACAUCAGCUGCAAAGUUGGAUGAAAAGCAAGUAAGCCCUUGUGAAGGAGAAAAUGGUUUGUCUUCCACCAUGACAAGCAUCUCACAAUCUCAAAAUGAAUUGGCUUCUACAAGUGGACCAUCUAGUUUAUCCUUAAGAACCAAUAGUUUAUUGGAAACACUGGCUGAGGUGGAGACUACUGGUUUUCGAGCAUCUGAAAAGAACGAAAUUAAAAUCAAAACCUCAGGUAAAAUGUGCAAGAUAAUCAGAAAAUCUACUAAUCAUAUCGACCAAACAUCAGCUGCAGAUAUUGCUACGAGUUUUAGUAUCGUAUCCGAGUCGAUGGCUUCAAAAGUAUGCCCUGUCUGCAAGACGUUCUCCUCUUCAUCAAAUACUACUUUAAAUGCCCAUAUUGAUCAGUGCCUUUCUAUAGCAUCAACUCCAAAGUGUUCAUUAGACUCCAAACUCACACGGUAUAGGAUCAAGCCGAGGAAGACGAAGUUGAUGGUUGAUAUCUAUGCUACAGCACGUCCGUGCACGUUAGAAGAGCUUGACAGAAGAAAUGGUACAGCUUGGGCUACUUUGUCAGGCUUUCAAGCUCAAGAUAUUGAAAAUCAUCAGACUACUAAUACUAAUGAAGGAAAAAAGCAGAAGGUGGUGUUAGUUCAUCCUGAGGAUAUUGGUGAUAAUGGAGACGCUGCAGUUUAUAUCGACGCCAAUGGCACGAAGCUUCGAAUUUUGUCGAAGUUUAGCUCUCCGUUGUCGUUGCCUGACGUGCAAGAUGAUGUCGGUUCACAGAAACUCAGUGGAGUUAAGGAAAGGAAGUUCCAUUAUACCAAAAAGAACAAAAGCCAUGCAUCUGCUCAAGGUAGAAAAGUUUCAGCUCAAAAGUGCAUUUCUCAGGUUCAAGAACACAAUCAACUGAAAGGAAGUAGUAGCUUGGAGGUGCAUAAAAUAACAAAGCAAGUGAAACCACAUGACUCCGGGACUUUACGACAGUGGGCCUGCUCGAAACGAACUAGAGCCAGUAAGAGCUCUAGGAAAGAGGGAUAUCAUCAACCUUCUAUGUUUAAAUGGCAUGUGUCUCAUGGCGCAGCGGUGGAUACUGAUCGAUCGGUUCUUGAGAGGAGUCAAGUUCAGGAUCAGACCAGUGUUUCAUCUCCUGAAAGCAGUGAGAGAACUGAAAACACGGAAUACGAAGUCGAUAUUUCAGAUAAGAGAGGGUGGUCUCCGGUGAGGAGGAGUCUGAGAAGUGCAUUUUCUGGAGAAAUGGUUGAUACUGAUUCUCUGACACAAAGGAAAAAGAUUACGAAUCGUCUGAGCAAACGUAGCGGUUUUAUUGGCAUCAAUUGUUCGGUAAAACCUCGAAAUACUAAUGGGAGAAUCAUACAAGAUUAUCAGCCAUCUAAUUUGCCUCCUGGAUCUAACAAGUUGUCAAGAAAUUACCAUGCUAAUGCACUGAAAGCCAGGAAGUUGAAUCUGGCUCGAAGAAAAGAGAUACUUGUCAGCAGCCGGUCUAAUCGACUUUCUACCUAUGAGAAGCCUAGAGACCAAUUUGAAUCAUAUGUCGACGAAGGGACGAUUCCCUGGCAUUCGACAUUUGAUCACAGCCAUAGUUCAUCAGAUGGGAGUAUUGAAAGUGAUCGAUCGACGAAGGAGGUCGUUACUGAAGUAGCAUCUCCCAAAGUAAGCAGUGAACUAAAAAACAGAAGAAAUAUAGAUUCGAUGAGCAAAGCCAUAGCUUUGAGUAGUUCGGAUUCAGAAUUCGAAUACGAUGGUUGUCACGAGGAGGAAAACAUGGAUUCUCAUGUUAGAAUGCGUGCUGAAUUUCGAGAAGAAAUCAAAGGCGUUGAACUUGGUAGCAAAGAAAAUUCGUUUCGCGAAGAUGUUAGUGUGGAUUCUUCUUCAAAACUCCCUCUAAAGGAGAGCUUCAUGUGCUUUUGUAAAUCCAUGGAUCCACAGUUUCAGAAGACAAGGGUCAUGCUACAAUCUACACAGAAUUGUUCAUGCUUCUUAUAUGGAUCAGAUGGAACAAAAGAUAUGUUCUUUGCUGAUGAAGACUGCAGUGCCAUGAUUGAGCAUGAUGUUGAAAGAGAAUUGGAUUCUGAAAUCAGGCGAGGAAGUUCUUGUUUCGAGGUCGAUCCAAUAUCUAUUCCGGGACCUCCAGGAUCAUUCUUGCCAAGUCCCCUCAGGGAUACGAGAUCUGAAGAAUAUCGAGGAAAUUCUUCAUUGAGCAAUAGCUGGGUUCAUUCUUGCCAAGAUCAGCAUGAUUUGAUUGAUGGGGUUUCAUCAAGUUCGCCUAUUUCUGCAACAUCAACCAUCUCAAACGCCACAGCAGCUAGAUCUUGUUUGAAGCAUAAUAAUUCAUCUGGAGUAUCAUCGGAUGUAUUUCACGAUAAAUCGGGCUCGGUACCUCCAAAUGCUGGUGCAUUGCCAUUUGAAAGGGGAACUCUUGGCGUCGUAAAUGAUGUCCAGCCUUGCCGUUGUCAGAGGACUGACAAAGCUUUUCAAGACAUCAAUGUAGCCUAUCAAGAACCGACAGGGCAUCAGUCGUCGAGUUUAGAAACCAUGCCAGCCAUGGAGAGAAAGCAUAUAACUUAUGGUCUGAACGUUAGACCAAAUAGCUUGGAUAUUAUGCCUGAGAGCCAUUCCCAACAUACAAUGUCUGGGAGUAUGGUGUUUCCGGUCGAUAAGUCUCCGUUCAAGUCCCAUUCAGUAAACGGUUUCCACAAUCCAGGACUCGAGUUUUCAAGGAGUAAUUGUGAGCCUGCCAGUCCAGUUACUUCUAAUCCUGUACUCAGGUUAAUGGGUAAGAAUCUGAUGGUGGUAAACAAAGGAGAGGAAGAUGUAGCUAUGCCAGUUAAGCAGCCUCAGCCACAUCCACAACUUAACCAUGUCUCAACACCGGUUUCAAGUUUUGCUGGCGGUUCCUCGCGACGUGUUCAAAAUCAAGCCUCUUGUUCCUUUCCUCAUUGGUCGCCUCGAGAUCCUUCGAAAACUCAAGAUGCAGGUAAUGCAUUUGGGCGGAGUCUUGAUGUAAGGUUGUCAAAUGGCUUCAGGAACCCUGCAAAUCUGAAUGCAUUAUCACCACAUGUUCGAGAACCGGUCGCUUUUUUUCUGAAGCAGCAGACAGACUCCCGAGCAUACACGAGUGACUACACAGACGAAGCAUUGAACCGUCCUGGGCGUAAACAAAACGAUGCAGCCAUGUACAACACAAGUAGUACUCAAGAAAUGCCUGAUCAUCAGCAGAUGAAUGCACUUUCUGCAACCAAUCCUAGCAAGGAAGUGUAUGCAAUGAGUGAUGCUUCUUACCAUGAAGCCAGAUUCAUUGCCAAUGAUCCAAAAGGAGGCAUGAGGACUACUCUUCAGUUAAAAGCACCUGAUGUAAAUGCAUUUUGUUAUCUACCAAAGGACAUGUCUAAUCUCGACAAAACCGCCACAUUACACAAUUCCAGUUUUCAGUCGACCCCCUCCCGGAAAGAUCACACCAGUCCUGUAAAGUGGGAUUGUAACUCGGAAUCAGCAUACGUCUGCAGGAGGGGAGUCUUUUAAUAGCUUUGUUAUAUCCACAGGAAAGAGUUACUCGACAUCUUUGCUCGUUGCAGUUCUUCGAACAAUCAAUGCUAAUGUCCGAAUGUAUCUUCCAAAUGUUUGGUCGUUUUUUCGGUAGCCAAAUGUUUUCGAGAUGCUGCUGACCUAUGGAAACCAUCAAGCAAUGACAUAAGCAGUGAGUAACGAUAUGUUUUACCAGAUGAAGAAGAUACAUACAAUGGAGUUCAGUUCUAAAGCUAUGGAGAGGUCUGAUAAUAUAUAUUGUUCAAGUGGUUUUUGAAGAAUAAUCGUCUCGAACCUUUGACCGAAACAUAAUGAAACCGAGCUCUCCCGAAAGGUGAAGCGUUUUUCCUGUUCAGUUGUAAGUAAAUAACUUCAUAGGUAUGAGUUUAUGACCAUCGUUUAUUUUGCUGCUA